CCGCAAACACGCAAACCAAACACGUCCAGCAACCAGCUCUCUCUCUCUCUCAACAACUCUCUCUACAUCUCUACAUCCCGCACGACCACCGCACGACCACCACCCACGCCCCCCCUCGCCCACCCCCCCUCACCCUCUCACCCACCACAACGACCCCGCAUCGAGAUGGACCUCCUCUCCGGCAUCCGCAAAGGCGACACCUCCCGCGGGGGACGGGCAGAGUUCAGCUGGGACGCGGUCAAGGAGGACAAAGACCGCGAGAACUAUCUAGGGCACUCUCUGAUGGCGCCCGUGGGGCGGUGGCAGCGCGGGAAGGAUCUUACAUGGUAUGCUAAAACGGGCGAGGGGGAUGGGGUUAGUGAGGAGGAGCGCAUAAGGAUGGAGCGCGCGGAGGUGAAGCGGGCGGAGGAGGAGGCGAUUAAUGUCGCGUUGGGGGUUGUUAUGCCGGCCAUGGGGGGGAUGGGGGAAGACAAUGGGGAGGGGGGGGAGGGGGAGGGGGUAAAUGAAGACGGGGAGGGCAAGGGCAAGGGGAGGGAGAGGCGUAGGAGGAGCGACAGGAGUCGCGAUAGGGAGCUGAGUCAUCGGCAUCGCGACCGGAGCAGGCAGAGGGAGAAGGAGCGCGGGGACAGGCGGAGGGAUGAGAGGGACUCACAUCAUCGAGAUGCGAAGGACCGGCACCAUCACCGCGACGAGAGGGAUAGACACCACCGCGACGAGAAAGACAGACACCAUCACCGCGACGAGAAGGAUAGACACCACCACCGCGACGAGAAAGACGCGCACAGAAGGUACAAGAGCAGAAGAAAAAGUCCCCGGAGACAUAGGGAUAGGGAUUCCAGGAGGAGGGAUUGAUACGGCAUGUUCCGUGUGGUGUUUCUGUACUGUUGCGUUUACGCGUGUUAUCAUUGUUCCUACAUAGCGCUGGAGGUUGAAAUACAGUUUACCACUCGGGCAAGCGAGUGGUAAAUUGCCACGAUGUCUCAUAGGUGUUUUAUGUCCGCCAGCGUGGUUUGUUCGCCAGUUGCCGUACCUUGUGAAUUCAUGGACUUGCGGUCUGUAGACGAGCACCCAAUGUAUUCGAUAACCGUGUAUUCAAUUCGAUCCCUUCAGG